AAAAUUUUGAUACCAUUAACUGUUAAUCCAAUACAGGUGACAUUAAAAAAACAAUAACUGCUCUUGAAUAAUUAAUUCAUAAUGAUUAUUAAUCAAUUGUGUGUCAUCAAGAAAAAAUAAUUGAUAGUCAGGAACAUGAGUACAUUUAAUUUAUUGUCCCUUAAACAUUUCAUUAUUUAAAGAAAACGUUGGAAAAGCAAUAUUCACAGUAGCAGAUGAAAGAAGCAGACUUUUUAAAAUAAUGAUGGCAAUCUAAUACAUAAUUUAUAAAAUUUAGGUUUUUAUUUCAAGUUCUUCUUGUUCUUAGCGUAAAAAAGUUGUGCAGCCAUUAAAAAUUAUCAGCCUUUUACCUUAACGGGUGGGUAUGGAAAAUUUAUGGAAUUCAAGGAACUCACGGAAUACAUGGAAUUCAAAGAAUUUAAGGAAUUCAUAUCAGUACACUUGUUGGACUGAUAUCAUUUACUUUUUCCUGCAACAUUGGACUCAGCACUGUUCCUUAUGUUUACAGAGGAGAACUUUUUUCUGUUAAGGUGAUGAGUGUGGCUACUAUCAAAAGUAUAGUUGAAGGUGUAACCAACAACGAGGAAUUUUCAUCGAUCGUCCAUCAAAUAGAGUAAUAAACAUUGAAAUUAAAAUUUCAAUUUUAAAUCUUCGGUCAUACGAUCCUUUAUUAAUAAAAUUAGUUAUGGUCCUGCCCCAAGGCGUGAUAUAGGUGAGUGGACAUCAAUCCAAAGGAAACUUAUUCGACUAAGGGAACAAAGGACCUUCCUUAUUAGAUGGAGAUGUUUCCAGCACAUAUUGAAAACUCCACGAGACAUUUUCAAAUUUUCAAUUCUUAUUAUAAUGUACACAGAAAAUUAGAAUACACAAAAUGUUUUCAACCUGAAGAAGGCACAAAAAUGUGGCCGAAACGUUGUUAUAAACUAAUUUUAUUAAUAAAGGAUCGUAUGACCGAAGAUUUAAAAUUGAAAUUUUAAUUUCAAUGUUUAUUACUCUAUGUGGCUACUAUGUUCUCAGCAAUAAUUUCAGGAUCAUGUAUUUUUCCUGCUCAAAUUAUUCUUCGAUUGUUAAAUGAGUCAAAUAGUAUAUAUAUAUAUAUAUAUACAUCUUUUUGGAUGUUCGGGAGUAUUUGUUUUCUGGGGUCAAUCAUUCUUUUAUGUAUUUCACCAGAAACUAAAGGAAAAAAUCUGGAAGAAAUUUUAGAUAUAUUAAGGAACAAAAAAUAAGAGUAUGUGCAAAAAGUGUAUUUGUGGAACCGGUGUUAGCAUCCAUAUAGUUAUUUUAGCCAAUUAGCCAAGAUGGUAGAAAAUGUUUCUUUGUGAAAUCUUUUGAAAUUAUUUGGAAUCUGGAAUAAUUUUAAAGCUAGAAAUCUGGUGCACACUCAAAUUCAAGGAGAUUUUCAGGUUUUUAAGGAAAACGAAAAUUUAAGAAGAAUUUCAGGUUUACAAGGCUUUUAAGAUCGCUGAAAACCCUGCAUUAUUUUAAUACAUGUGGUUGAAUUUGUUUUCAUUGUAUCGUUAGAUUUUUGAAAAAUUAAAAAAUAGCCUUCGUUAAACCAUUACACAUGACAUUAUUAUUUAAAAUUGUUCAUUUUUAUCAGCGACUUGUAAUUAUAUCUAAUCUGCUGCUCCACUACCAGCGAAAGCAGUCAGUAUGGACUCCAGUAAACAGAAAUAUGUUAACUAAAACUAUUAGUAUAAUUUUUAAAGCAAGCGGACAUCAUUAUUCUGUGACCAAAAUCUUGAAAUUGGUUUGUGCCUUGAAUUUGUCGGAAUAAAAAGAACAUAAGAGAAGUAAAAUGUAUUUCUUUAUUCGUUCUAAGAUAUUUGAGUGAAAAUCGAAAUGGAAUUAAAUAAAUCAUUGUUAUUGUACACCUUUCUGAGUAAUGGUGAAUCUGAAUCAGGAAAAAGGAUCGGCGAAGCUAAAAGAAGCAGAGCUUAUUUUCAACAGUUUAUAAGUUUUCUCUCUGGUUAUAUUUUGAUGAUGGAUGUUGGCGCAAGCAUCGUGUGGCCUUCACCAGCACUGCCCUAUCUAACAAGUGAAAAUUCAACAAUUCCAAUAUCAAAUGCUCAAGGUGCUCUUCUGGCGGCGAGUAUGAAUAUUUCUGCAAUAAUUGGAUUGCUCCCGUGUACACUAAUAAUGGACCGAAUCGGGAGUAAAUACACGAUCCAAGUAAUCGGAUUAUUACAGCUACUGUCAAAAAUUUUACUGUACAUAGCUGAUAACUACAUCUUUUUACUUGUAACAAGAUUGUUGACUGGUAUCGGUUGGGUUGUAAUGUACGCCUUUUUCCCUCUUUACAUGGGCGAAAUUGCUGCUGAAAAUGUCAGAGGAAGAUUUCUGAUUUUUGACAAAAUCUGUGUGAACUUGGGAUCCUUCCUAAUGUCAAUCGCCGGAGCUUUUCUGGCUUAUAACACUAUGAACCUAGUUAUGAUAUCCAUACCGCUAAUUGCUAUACUACUUUUUCCACUGAUGGAAGAAACUCCAUAUUUUCAUUUGAUCAAGGGACGGGAAGAGGAAGCUGCUAAAACUCUAAUGAAAUUGUCGGCAGAUAAUGGAGUUAAGAAUGUAAAGGAAAAUGUUGAAAGAAUGAAGAAUGCUAUUAUCAAAGGACAAAUUUCAAAGCAAAGUAGCAUCAGAGAAUUAUUCAGCGAUAGGGCAAGUCGGAGGGCUUUGAUAAUCAAAACGAUUGCAGAAACAACAUACAUUUUCACAGGCUAUCAUGCAAUUCAAGCUUAUGCACAAGAAAUUUUUAGCCACAGUGGUUCAAACUUAGCGCCAGGAUACUCAGUGAUGAUCAUGACAGGAAUUCAAAUUUUUGCUGGCGUGCCAUCUUCUCAAAUAGUUGAUCGGUGGGGAAGAAGACCAACUUUUUUAUUAUCCGGUGUAUUGUCUGGAUUUUCAUUAUUAAUUGUGGGCCUAUUUUUCUUCUUAAAAAUCUUUCUUCAAGUUGAUGUUUCUCCUAUUGCUUGGCUACCACUUGUUGGUUUGAUAUCAUUUACUUUUUCAUGCAACAUGGGACUCAGCACCGUUCCUUUUGUUUAUAAAGGAGAACUUUUUUCUGUCAAAGUGAAGAAUGUGGCGACUACGUUCUCAACUAUUAUAGCAUCAGCAUUAAGUUUUACUACACAAAUUAUUUUUGCGUUAUUAAACGAACGCAUUGGUAUUUACUCAAGUUUUUGGAUUUUUGGGUUGGUUUGUUUUGUGGGAUCAGUCACUGUCUUUUGUAUUGCACCGGAAACUAAAGGAAAAAAUCUAGAAGAAAUUUUAGAAUUGUUAAGUAAAAAAAAUUAGAAUAUAAAAAAGAGGGAUUGUGGGACCAAUAUUAGCAAUAGCAUAGAAAUGAGUUUUGAAAAUUUUGACACCAUUAUCUGUUAAUACAAUACAAGUUACAUUAAAAAAACAAUAACUGCUCUUGAAUA